CAGAUCUACGUAUACUUUGGAUCUGUUUUUAGUCUGCUGUAAACCUUUGAACAAGCGAUACGUGGAUUUUUUUGAUGAUAGAAAAUAUUAGUUUAAAAGAAGACAAGACGAAAUAGAAGGAAGUACAAUGUUGGAGAAAGUAUUUAAAGAUCAUGUUCCAUUGGACGUUAUUCAAGAUGCAAUGGGUGUUAUGGGUCCUUGGCAUAUUGUUAUUGCUAUAGCACUUUCUCUUGUCAAAUUCCCAGUUGCUUGGCAUCAACUCUCGAUUGUAUUUUUAGCACCUCCGACAAAUUUUUCCUGUAUCUCACCACAAUCUUCGACUAAUGGAUCCAUGAUCAUGAAAUGUUAUGUUGAUAUUGGUAAUGGAACUAUGGAAAAGUGUACUAGUUUUAAAUACGAUAAAAGAAUAUUUCGAGAAAGUAUUAUAACGGAGUGGGAUUUAGUUUGCGAUAGAGAACAAUUAACAAAUGUUGUACAAUCGUGUACAAUGUUUGGUGUUCUUAUGGGUAAUUUUUUAUUCAGUUCGGUGGCCGAUAGGAUCGGUCGUAAAAAGCCUUUGAUGAUUGCGAUAGCGUUACAAUCGAUAACAGGCGUAAUAAGCGCAUAUGUUGCGUGGUACGAAUUAUUUCUUUUAUUUAAAUUUAUUUCUGCAAUAGCUACGGGUGGAACGAUGCUAGUUAGUUUCGUUUUACUGAUGGAAAUUGUAGGGAUAGAAUGGCGAUCGGCGAUGUCAGUUUUAUUUCAUGUACCGUUUAUAAUUGGUCAUAUAACAACUCCUCUUGUUGCUUAUUUAACGCAUACAUGGCAAAAGUUUCAAAUGGCUAUUUCCAUACCAGCGAUUUUUUUAUUAUCCUAUUAUUGGAUAAUCCCAGAAUCACCUAGAUGGUUAUUCGCUAUCGGUAGACCAGCAGAGGCCGAGAUUAUUUUAAUAAAAGCUGCCAGACGGAAUAAGAUUCCAUUAGAAAAUGUAAAUAGGGCCCUCGAAUCGCACGAAAGUCAAAGAUUGCUUCGGAAAACAAAUAACACGAAUUACAAUGUCACUCAUUUGUUUAGAACGUCUAAUAUGAGAUUGAAAAGUAUUUGCAUAUUUAUAAAUUGGUUCUUUUGUGGUACUUGCUUCUUCGGAUUGGCACAAUAUAUGGGUCAUAUCGAUGGAAAUAUAUUUACAAAUGUCGCCGUCUCAAGUGCUCUUGAAUUACCAGGGACCAUUAUAGUUCUUUAUUUGAUAUCACGAGUUUCUCGUUUGAAAAUAUUAAUGGGAGGCAAUUUCUUGACUGCCUUGAGUUUACUUUUAACUGUAAUAAUAAACCAUCCUACUGCACAACUUUGUCUGGCAAGUAUUGGGAUUGCUGGAACAGCUAUCAGUUUUCCAACCAUAUACUUAUAUAGUAGUGAAAUAUUUCCUACUGUUGUUAGAAACAACGGAAUUGGUGUAGGUAGCGUAUGCGCUAGAUUAGGAAGUAUAAUUGCACCGUAUAUCGCCACUGUGAAUAAAAUUCAACCUUGGUUACCCCCUGUCAUAUUUGGGACAGGACAAUUAAUUGGAGCUGGUCUCUGUUUGUUAUUACCAGAAACAAUGAAUUGUGAAUUACCUGAGACCAUUGAGGAUGGUGAAAAUUUUGGAAAGAAAACAUCUGCACGAAAUACAUCUUGAAAAUAUUGCAAUACUUGAAGAUUCAAUUAUAUAAUUGAAUAUAAAUAUAUUCAUGAUGAAUAUUUUAAAGAAUGGAAUGGUUUUGUUGAAAAAAUAUUUGUACAAAAAUAUUUAUAUUCAU